AUGUGCAAUAAUCUCUCGCAAACAAUCUCAUCUUCGUCGACGAGAAUUCCCUGCGAUUUUUACACUCCAGCAAAGCAAAUGGCUGGAAAAGCAGCAAAAUCGGUGGCGAAAGCCGUAGGCGAAUACCAGUACCCAUGGAAAGAUAAGCUGGCAAAGUACAGGGACGAGCUCUCGAAAGGUGUGUGGGGAUACUGGGAGCUCGGGGCCUGGAAGCCCCUUGGCAUCAGCGCACGCCACCGGGCCCGCCUGCGCAAAGAGGUCCUUCUUGCAGGGGCAGAUUGGGAAUUUGACCCGGAGAGGAAGGAGAUGAAGACGAAGAGGAAAGGUCACAAGGUGGACAGGCUGGCUGCCGAGAAAAGGGAACGUACGGCAGAGCUCAUGCAGGCCAUGCCAGAUAUGCUGGCCGACUACCGGAAGAGAAGGUGGGAGAGGAAGAUGAAGGCGGAGGAGGAUGCCGCUAAGAAGGCCCUGCAAGAGUGA